AUGUUUAAACCAAAAAUGAUGGAAAACGAAAAAGAUUUUUCAUGUUCUUAAGGCCAUAAGCUACCUGUAGUUAAGAUUUCACUUGAUCCAAAAUUAUAAAGAAAUUAAAGAUUCUUGUGCCCAGAAUGUUUAGAGAAUGCUGACUUAGAUGCUAAAGUAGUUGGAUUAAAGACAAUUAUUUCACUAAUAGAAGAAGGUUAGACAAAACAGAUUGAGAAAGUGGAAUAUGUAAUAGUGAGCUAUAUAAAAUUAAUUGAAUAAUUACGUGGCCUAAUAGAUCAAAUGAAAUCACUUGCAGUCUAAUAAUUCGACUAGUCGAUUACUAUAAUGAAGGAAUGGAUCUAAAAUCUAUAAUAAUUAGGAUCGUAAUAAUAUAGUUAUAGUUUUGAAGAGGAAUUGGAAAUUAUGCUUUUGUAAUAAAACAAAACUAAUGAUAACCUAUAAUUAUUACUUCAUGAAAUUUAACAAACAAGUCGCUUUUAUACUUCCAGAUUGCAUCCUAAAUUAGAAUAAUUUAAUACAUUUAUUGAAUAUAAAAAAUGUAAAGAACUAUUAUCAGAUUUAGAAUUAUCUUCUUAGAAAUUUACUCUAAGUUAAUAAUAGUUGCAAACAAAUAGAGAUUUUCAAUAAUAAAUUAAUUAUAAUCGAUAAGAAAUAGUAUCAAAAAAUGAAAUCAAAUUAAAAUUAAUUGAUCAAUCUAUUAAAUAAAAUGAAUAAUGUAAUGUAAUAGUUUUUGAUUCUUCCGGGUUAAUUAUGGUCUCUACUGAAAAGUAUGAUAUUAAAGUAUGGAGUUUUUCAAAUGGAUCAAUUAAAUUAUUAAAAAUAUUGUAAGGUCAUACUAAUUGGAUCUAAUGUAUAGUGUAUAGUAACAAAAGGAAUUCGUUAAUUUCAUGUUCUGGAGACAAAACUAUAAGAUGCUGGCAAUAAUUGAACUAAGAUGAUUGGAUUAGUUCAUAACCUUAUUAAUAACAUAGAGAUUAUGUUUGGUGUAUUAUAUUAAAUUCGAAUGAGGAUUUACUAUUUUCUGGAAGUAAAGAUAAAUCAAUCAAAGUUUGGAAGGUUGAUUUUAAUCAAAAUUCAUUGAAAUUUCUAUAUUCAUUGGAUGAGCAUAAUAAUUUUGUUGUUUCCUUAAGUUUAAAUUAAUCGGAAAAUUAAUUAGUAUCGUGUGCAAGAGAUUAGAAUCAAAUUAUUAUCUGGGAAAGGAGAGAAAAUGAUCAGUUUGAAUUCAAAUAUUUUGUUAAAUAAUCAAUUUAAGAAUAAGGAUAUAAGGUUAAGUUUAUUAAAGAUAAUUAAUUUAUUUGGAUAACUGGUGGGGAAAAAAUAGAUAAAUUUUAUAUAUUUGAAUUAAAAUUAGGAGUCUUUUAAGAAAAUUAGGACAAGACAAUUCAAUUAAUUAUAAAUAAUCAGUAUUAUGAUCAAUAUCGUUUCCCAAUUAUCUACAAUAAAGAGAGAAAUUUGAUAUUAGUAAGGCAUAAGACAUAUAUCUAUAUCAUUAGAGAAAUAAAUGAUGGAAAUUACAAAAUUUAUGAUUAAUUAAAUUGUGACACUACAUUAAUUUUUGGUACUAUUUCAAAUAAUGGACAAUAUUUAGUGUAUUGGGAUGACAAAAAUUACGGAUAUACAAUAUAUGAAUUAUUAAAUAAAUGA